AAUCUUAAGCAACUUCAAUUCGCCGAGAUCCAGGAAAUGGGAGCGGGAAUCCCCCGCCCACAGCGGGAGGGGGUGGGGGGAGAAUACAGUAUUAGCGGACUGCAGGAGGAGAGGAAGGAACGCACAUUGGAUCCGAAGGAGCAAGAGAGGACAGAAUUGCACCCCAGAGCCGGGGGUGCAGAAGCAAACAGGCUGCGGGAAGGCGCGGAGCGGGAGCGAAGGCAGAGGCUGUGUGGAGAGCGUGUGGCUCGGCCCAUCGCGAUGCGGACGGACAUGAAGCGGUGGAAGGGCUGCUGCUGGCUGCUGCUGGCGCUGCUGCUGCUGGGGUUGCUGGUGGCUGUCGGGGUGCUGGUGUUCUUGGCGCGGAGACCGUGCUGCCCUUCUCAUGCCCCGUACUCGCAAGGUGCCGUGGCCGCUGAUUCCCGACGGUGCUCGCAGGUCGGCAGAGACAUCCUGAAGAAGGGGGGGUCUGCCGUGGAUGCCGCCAUCGCGACUCUGAUCUGCAGUUCCCUCGUCCACCCCCAGAGUCUGGGCAUCGGCGGAGGGUCAAUCUACACCAUUUACGAUGCAACAAGAGAACGUGUGGUGGUUAUCAAUGCAAGAGAGGCUGCCCCGAAGAAUAUGCAGCCAGACCUGUUGACCAGGUGUACGGGUUUAAUCAAUAAAGGGGCUCAGUGGAUCGGUGUGCCCGGUGAAGUACAGGGUUUCUGGCUGGCCCACAGACACUUUGGGAAAUUGCCCUGGUCUUCCUUGUUUGAACCAUCGAUAAAGCUCGCAAAGGGAGGAUUCGCUUUCCCGAAAUUUUUAAAGCGUUUUAUCAACUAUCCACUGCUGCAAGUUAACAAUUCUUCUUUUGGUCAUUUGUUUUUUGAGAGUGAUGGGAAUCUUCGUGACAACGUGCAGUACCCUCUGCUUGCUGAAACACUGGAGACCAUUGCGUCGAAAGGUCCGGAUGCUUUCUAUAAUGGAGAGAUCACACAGAACCUUCUCAAAGAUAUUGAGGAGGAAGCCUCUGCUGCAAAUGAGUCAGAGAAAAGCAACUUAACGAAGGAAGAUUUCCAAGAGUACAAAGCUCAGAUGGUAGAACCACUGACUGUCUCACUGGCGAACUACACAAUGUACACCCCACCUUUGCCCUCCAGGGGAGCCAUUCUCAGCUUCAUACUCAAGAUAUUGGAAGGAUAUCAUUUUACUGCUAAGUCCCUGCAGGGAGAGGACAGGAUGCUGACUUACCAUCGUAUCAUAGAGGCAUUGAAAUUUGGAAACGGACAGCUGAGCAACCUAACCCCUAGCAAGAUACAGCAGUUGCUGGCAGAAAAGUCCGCCGAUGUUGCCCGUUACCACAUCAAGGACCAAACCAAUAAUGCAUCAUUUUACAACAACGACCUGGGGGCCCAGGAGUCGUACGGCACCAGUCACUUGUCAGUAGUGGACAAGGAAGGAAAUGCUGUCUCUGUCACCAGCAGCAUCAAUCAGAUAUUUGGCUCCAUGGUCUAUUCUAAGAAGACUGGCAUCUUCCUAAACAAUCAGCUGGCUGACUUCUGUGGCUGUUCUAGAGAAAGCAUUGCUAGCCAGCGGCAGCCCCCGUCCUCCAUGACUCCCAGUAUACUGCUGUCCAAGGACAAAAGCUCGAUGCUGGUGGUUGGGGCAGCUGGAGGCACGAAGAUCAUCAGUGCCACCGCUGAGGUUAUUAUGAAUAAAUUAUGGUUUGGGCUCAACCUUGAAGACGCAAUCAAUGCGCCGAGGAUUCACGUCCAGGCAGACUAUUUUGUGCAGUUUGAAAAUAGUUCUGAUCCGGAUGUGGUGAAGGCAAUGAGGCAGAGGAAACACCUGACGAAGUACCAGGAUAUUUUGCCAUCUGUUGUCCAGGGAAUAUUUCGUGAUCAUGGCUGCAUGGAAGCUGUGUCAGACGGGAGGAAACUUGGAAAAGCAGCAGGAGACUAGUCCGGAGAUCCGGCCGGGAUGGGACAGAGCGUGGGCUUCUCCCCUGAUCCGCCUGUUCCCUCCCACUGGCCCUAAAUCCAGACCCUAACAUGGCAAGUGGUUUGCCAUGCAAUUGAACUGUGACUGGCCUCAGAGGCUACAGUGCUGUGGAAAGAGCCUUUGACAGUAUCCAUCCUCAACAGAAAGUAACAUGCAACCAGAGCAGGACUUUGGGGAGUGGGGAGGGAUUGUCAACAUUUCAGGUCAGGAGUUUCCCAAUGUGGUGCACAAGUGACAUAGAGGGCUGAGGGGGAGGUUGAGGGGACUUUGUGCCUGGCUGCUGGAUGGGCAAUCGGAGUGAGGAAACCUUUCUUCAGAUACACCCAUUUCCACGUCUGCUCAGGACUGUCCCCUCACCACCAGGGUCAAAUCUCUCCCGCUGCCCUCCAAUUAUCUGUGUGCUCCUUCCCCCACCUUUCACAUAGUCUGUUAACAAGUCACCUGCAUUGAAUGGGCCCAGGGAGCAGGUUUGAUUACAGGGCUGUGAUGUGUGAGACCCACCUGGCAGAAUUUCCAGUUCAAGCUCCUACACUUGGGAUGAGGUAUACAUGCGGCUGUAUGGUGAAGUUCUGGGACAGGACUCCAGUGCCCACAGAUGCUGGAGCUGUGACUGAGACUAGACACUUAACCUGUAGCUCAUUCCACAGACCGAAGUCCCAGGACCACCCGCCACUCUCCAGUGUGGCCCAAGGAAAUGUCUAUAUUUCCAGUGAUAUCUCUCGGCUUUUACAAAUCCUAUGCCAUGUUGUGCCCACCAUUUAUCGGCCGUAGAUAGCUAGAGCACAGAAACAGGCCCUGUGGCCCAUCUAGUCCAUGCUGAGACAUUUAAACUGCCUUCUCCCAUCAAGCUGCACGUGGGCCAUAGCCCUCCAUAUCCCUACCAUCUGUGUACCUCUCCAAACCUCUCUUUUAAAUGUUGAAAUCUAGCUCAUAUGCACAACUUGUUCUGGCAGCUCGUUCCACACUUCAUGACUGUCUGCGUGAAGAAGUUUCCCCUCAUGUUCUCCUUAAACUUUUCACCUUUAGCCCUUAACCCAUGACACCUAGUUGUCAUCCCACCCAACCUCAGUGGAAAAAGCCUGGUUGCAUUUACCCUAUCUAUACCUCUCUUCAUUUUGUAUACCUCUAUCAGAUCUCCCCUCGAUCUUCUACGUUCCAGGGAAUAAAGUUCUAACCUAUUCAAUCUUUUCUUAUAACUCAGGUCGAACAGUCCUAGCAACAUCCCAGUAAAUUUUUUCUGUUCUCUUUCAACCUUAUUUACAGCUUUCCUGUGGGUAGGUGACCAAAACUGUACACAAUGCUCCAAAUUAGGCCUCGCCAAUGUUUUAUAAACUUCAACAUAACAUCCCAUUUCCUGUACUCAAUACUUUGCCAAUGUGCCAAAAGCUUUCUUUACGAUCCUGUCUACCUGUGACUUCGUUUUCAAUGAAUUAUGAACCCGUAUUCCCAGAUUCUUUUGCUCUACUGCACUCUUCUGUGCCUACUGUGCGCUGUGUGAGAUCUACCCUGACUGGUCCCACCGAAGUGAAACAUCUCACACUUGUCUACCUUAAAUUCCAGCUGAUGCAGAUCCCUCGACAAGUGAAAUCCCAUGAUAGCCUCCCUCCCUGUCCACUACUUCUCCAAUCUUGGUGUUAUCUGUUAAUUUGCUAGUCCGGUUUACCACAUUAUUAUCCAGAUCAUUGAUAUAGAUGACAAUCACUAACAGACCCAGCACCGAUCCCUGUGGCACUCCACUAGUCAAAGGCCUCCAGUCAGAGAGGCAACCAUCUACUACCACUCUGUGGCUUCUCCCACAAAGCCAUUGUCUAACCCCAUUUUGCUACCUCAUCUUGAAUGCCGAGCGACUGAAUGUUCUGGACAGCCUCCCAUACAGGACCUUGUCAAAUGCCUUACUAAAGUCCGUGUAGACAACAUCCACUGCCUUGCCUUCAUCAACUUUCCUGGUAACUUCCUUGAAAAACUCUGUAUAAGAUUGGUUAGGCAUGACCUACCAUGCAUGAUGCCAUACUGUCUCUCUCUAAGCACCCGCUUCCUGCUGUUCUGGUUUCCCUACUGCCUCAGGGUCUGCAGAUCCAGACUUGGCCUCUACAGUCACCAGCAAUCGUGCUGGCAUGCCCGAGCACUCUUCUUCCCCACCAAUCUUCACAAGCCAUGAACCAGCCAUUAUCAGAAUACCGUCUGAUAACUUUCCCACUACCGAUGUCAGGCUCACUAGCCUAUAAUUUUCUAGUUUAUUUUUAGAGCCUUUCUUAAACAGCGGAAAAACCUCCAAUCCUCCAGUCCUCUGGUACCUCACCUGUUGCUAAAGAUGAGUUAAAUAUCUCUGAUAAGGGCCCCUGCAAUUUGGGCACUUUCCUCCUGCAGGGCCCUUUCUUAUUCCUCAUUUUCACUCAUAAUGACUCACUAGACGAGUUCUCCAGUCUGUUCUGACUGAGCACGGCUGUGACAUUUUCCCCGACUAAUAACACCAUCCCUCCCGCUCUGUUGUGUCUAAAACGACCGAACCCUGGAAUACUGAGUUGCCAGUCCUGCCCCUCCUGCUACCAAGCCUCAUUAAUGACUACAUCAUCAUCAUUCCAUGUGUUCGUCAAUCUGCUUUUCCUGGGAUAUUUCUUGCAUUGAAAUAUACACAGCUCAGGACACUAGUCACACUAUGCUCAACCUGUUGAUUUUCGACUUUUUCUGAGGUCUUAACGACAUCUGCCUGCACAAUUGCUCCACAAUCUGGUCCCACCCCCCUGCAACCUAGUUUAAAUCACCCCCCCCCCAGCCCCCCCGUGUAGCAUGAGCAAACCUUCCUGCUAGGAUAUUAGUCCCGUCCAGUUCAGGUGCAAACCAUCUCUUCUGUACAGGUCCCACUUCCCUGGAAGAGAGUCCAAUGAUCUGAAAAUCUGAUGCCCUCGCUCCUACAAAAACCAUGUGGGAAUCUCGUUCUCAUCCACGGAGCCUCCUUUCUGUUCCCCAAGCUAACAAAUCCCCUAUCACCACAUCGUGCGUCUUCUCCCCGCUUCCCUUCUGUGUCACAGAGGCCUUGACCACUGUGACUUUCCAGCCCGCCCCAAACAGGAUCCAAAGUAAUAUAGUUGUUGUUGAGGGCAAUGGCCACAGGGGUGCUCCUUCCUGACUGUCAUCCGGUCUCCUGUGUCCUGCACCUUGGGUGUAACAGCCUCUCCAUCUAUCCUGUCCGUUGGCUCGAAGGCCCACGAUCACAUUGGGUGUUUAUGUGCGGUGGUUAAUCUGUGCCUGUGUUCAGGAAUGGAGUACACACUAGGAGUGCGAGCUCCCACAUCAGCUUGCUGUAGUGGAAGAGAGGUAGCAGCAGUUGUUGGUGUGACUUGUUCUGCUCACCCCUCAUCAGCCCUAUUGGCUUGAAGGCCAUGGUCACACUCGCUGUUUCUGUGUGAGUCCUGUGUGCUUUGCCCUGGAUAAUGGGUGACACGUGUUCAGGAGCAGAGUGCAACCUGCACUCACUUGCUGGGAACGAAUGCAUCAACAGGGUCAUAGGUGGGAACAGCACUGCCACUUCCUGCUUCACACAGCAGCCGAUACGUGGAGCUGCGAUACAGCAUGGAGAUGCUGAGUGAUGGUCACAGCACACCACCCUCCUCACCUCUCAGUCAGCACCUCACCCACCAACAGUGUCUGUCACCCUGCUGGAGACGCUGCACCUCACCCACACGCAGUGUCUGUCAUCCUGCUGGAGACGCUGCACCUCACCCACCAACAGUGUCUGUCACCCUGCUGGAGACGCUGCACCUCACCCACACGCAGUGUCUGUCACCCUGCUGGAGACGGCUGCACCUCACCCACACGCAGUGUCUGUCACCCUGCUGGAGACGCUGCACCUCACCCACCAACAGUGUCUGUC